UUUUUGAACUUGCAUAGGGAACUUCAGGACCUCUCACUCCGACUCUUCCCAAACGCUGCGGGCGUCCUGUCAAAUAUGCAUGAUGCAGCUCUAUUACUUGGGAGGUCCACUGGGCUGGCGAAAACUUGGAGCCCAUCCCAAUUCUCGCGGUCACCGACGAGCCUCAAUCGAAGGCACCGUCCCGCAAACGUUGCAGUGCAGUACUUGAGCAGUGUAGGGAACGUAUACAAACAUCAUAGAGUAGUAGAACAGUCUAGGGAAGGACCAGAGUUUGAGUCCUGUAGAGCGGGUCAAGGCAAAAAGAUGCUCGAGCCUCUUCAAGUGCUAACUUAGACUGGCGAGAGCAAGGAAAUGGAGGAAGCAACGGAACCGGGGCUCUGUUAUCGGGACAAGUCAAAAGUGGUGCAUGAAGGACUUGCGAGGUUCUUCAAUCGGGAGACGUUUUCUGACUUGACCGUGGUGGACCCGGAUGGCAACAGAAUUCGGUGUCACCAGCUGGUGCUGUCAUCGUGCAGCAGAAAGUUUGCGGACAUGCUGGAGCAAGGCAAAGUUGAGGAGCUGCCAGUGCGGGGCGUUGACGCUCAGGGUCUCUACCUGGUCCUCCGCUUCUUCUACACGGGCGAGUGCCACGUGGACCACACGUCGGUUAUCGCCGUGUAUGACGCUGCGAACCGGCUAGACGUGGACGGCCUGGCGACGGCGUGCGAUGUGUACAGCAAGCAGCUGCUGGGGCCGGGCACAGCGUGCACGCUCUUCCAACAGGCACAGCGCUUUGCGCUCCAGGAAUUCGCGGAGUCCUGCAGCCGCAUCAUCCGUGUGCGGUUCGAUGAGGUUGUGCAUAGCGAGGAUUUUCUCACCGUCGACCGGCCAACGCUGAUGAAGAUUCUGGAGGACAACAUCCCGCACCACAACGAGGGCAGCAUCUUCCGUGCGGCGUGGCGCUGGGGCAUGUCCUCUUUGGCACGGAUGCAGGAGAUGCCGAAGGUGUUUAAGAUGGUCAAGGUGCCGAACCUGAGCAUGCAAGACCUCGUCAACAUCGCGGGGCCUCUACCCGGGCCCGCACCGCAGCUGGUGCGGAACCGCGGAGCCAGCAACCCCACCGCGACAGGGCACACGGCCGCCGGCAGCCAGUUCCAGCAGGCUAGCGCGCGCGCCCCCGACACGCUGGAGGUGCUAUCGCCUGCCAAGCUGCGUGAGGCCCAGAGUUACCUCAUCCAGCAGAUGCUCGGCGGCAUGGACCUCGUCCGGGCGGUGCGGUCUACGGUGCAGAUGUACGGAUCGGGCGACGGCGAGCCACCGGCUCCUCCGGCGGCACCUGCGCCCUGCCUGCAGCUGGGCUCGCACACGCUACCGCCGCACCGCAUAAGCGGUGGCGUGCCAGGGCACUGCAACGGGGGCGGCAUGCCCAGUGCGCAUUACCACCAGAACCAGUGCUUUCCGGCGCCGCAGCAUCAGCCAGCGCGGUACCACCGUGUCACCAACAACCUAGACAGCAUGCCGUCGCACCCGGCUACGGCGCCAGCCAUGCCGGGAACGGCCGCCGCCGCCUGGAACCAUCUCCACCACAACCAACACCACCAGCACGAAUCACCAGAGAUGGCCAACAGCUGUGCUGCCUCGGGGGGCCACGAUGUGGAGGAUGACGUGCAGCACCAGCCAAGGGUGCCGGCAGGCUACCAGCAGGCCAGCCGGGGUGCUCACGGCGGUGCUGGAGCCGCUGGGCGGCGCGGUGAUGGGCAGCAGGGGACGGUGUUCGGCGGGACUGGCGGCGAGCGCCCCAGCGGCACUGCAGUCAGCGGGACAGCGGGGAGCGGGGGCGAUCAGGACGAUGCCGUCAGCGGUGCACGGCACGCAGCAGCUGGCGGGCACGGACGCGGAAAAGACCGAGACGGCGACCAGUCGGGCGUGCAGCACCAGGUCAUGGAGGCGCUACGGAAACUCAAUCCCGAUCUCCAAGGCCAAGCCAUUGUUGUUGUCGUCAACCCCACGGGCUCACCGCCGCCUGCAGCGGCGCCGCCUGCGGCUAUCGUGCGGCACGGGUCGGGCGUGCGCGUCAUGUGCCAAGUUGACAAGUGCAACCAGGCGAUGGCGUGCCAACAGGAGCAGUAUCAGCGGCUUCGGAUAUGUGAGCACCACUACCACGCGCUGGAGGUGCAGCAUGAGGGCAUGCGGCAAAGGUUCUGCCAGUCGUGCGGUCGCUUGCACCCAGUGGAGGAGUUCGAGUCGAACAUGCACGCGUGUCGUGCACGAUGCGGCGUGGACAGCCGGCAGCGGAAGCGUUUGCGUCCCGACGAGCACGCGGACACUGCGGAAUGCCGGCCAGCGCCGGGUAUGCACGGCAGGGUGGCAAUGCCGCAACAGAUGCCGCGUCAUGGGGCGCACCAAGUUGCGCACCACGUCGCUCACCAGGUUGCGCAUCAAGUGGCGCAUCAGGUGGUGCAGGGCGUGAUGCUGCCUGCGUCUCAGCCUCCUCAGGUGCCGACCUGGGACUGGGCAAUGCAGAGCGACCAGCAGCGCAUGCAUGCGGGCGUCCCAGCGGUGGAGCACGGGCAGUGUCAGGACCUGGCGGCUGGGACACCAAGCAGCACUGGGUCCGCCGGCAAUGCCCCGCAAAAGCAUUCCGGACAGAUGGCGCUGCCACCGCUGCCGCAGCCCCACUUGCCGCAGCAGGGGCAGCGUGGAGGUAUGCUCCCGCCGCAGCAGUUUCACCAGCAGCAGCAGCAGCCCAACCUGGCGUCGUACCCAUCCGUGCCGCCGCCUCGGCGGCCGCAGAUGCAGCCGACCGACCAGCCGCUGCACCGCGUGUCGUCCGUGCCGGCGCAGUUUCAGGGUGGCGAGUCGAAUCAGCACUGCAUGCAGCCGCCGGCUCCACAGCAGCCUCAGAACGCUCCUGUCCGCCACCUGUCCCUGUCCGGCCUCCCCACGGGCGCGCCUGGCAGCAUGCCGCUGCAUCCCAAUCAGCGUGUGCGCCCUUCCAACCCCACGCCCCAGCUGCAGAUGCAGCAGGCGCCCGACCUGCCCCGGCAGUAUUCAGCGCCGCCGCAGCAGGGGCAGGUGGUGGUGCAGCUGCAGCCUGCAACGGGAGCGCAGGGUGAGGACAAGCUUGUGGCGUUCGGCGCACCAGCCGCAGGCGGCAUGGCCAAGUUGAUCCUGUCCACAGUUCCGCUAGACGCGCCAGCGGGUAAUGCGGGUGCAGGGGGCGCACAAGGCCUGAUGCACGCUCCGUCUUCUCGGCCAGCCGGGCCACAGCAGCCGGGGCAGCUGCAGGCGCCGCUCCGGCGGCCUAGUCCGGGCGUCGUUCGGCCGGGCGGCACUGACUCUCACGUGUCCACCUCGCGGGGAGCUCUGCCGCAGCAGGGAGGAGCGCCGGCAUUGCGGCAGAGUCUCGCCAGCGGACCGGGGCGGCCAAUGGCACCGCACCACGGCAUGCAAAGCGUGAACCCCGGCGGCCGGCCUGGCGCCCCGCAGCGUACAACCAUGCCGCCGCCAUCGUCGGCACCCGCGCAGCGACAAAGUGCGCCUCGGUUAGCCGAGGGCAGGGCCCCCAGCCUGAAUCUACGCCCCAGCGCCGAGGCGACAGGCGCAAGGGUGAACGCUGUGCCGUCGCAGCAACUGAUGCAGCAGCUGCCGCCCCCGCCGCAACAAGCACCAACGCAGGCGUCAGCGCAAGCAGGAGCGCCGAUGUGGCCGGCCCCGCAGCAGGGCCUGCCUCAGGCUGCCCAGCAGCAUGCAUUCAUUCAGCAGCAGCAGGUGCAGCAGGCGCAACAGGUGCAGGUGCCUCAAGCACAGCGACCGCUGGAGCAGCAGCAGCAGCAGCAACAGUUGCCGGAGCAGCAGGCGCAGCCGCCGCAGGAAGGGUCGCUGAACCAGGACGCCUUCUGCGGGCAGGCGGCGCUCGCCUCGGAGUAUCCGCAACUGCAGUCUAUGCCCAUGCACAUGGACAGCACCGAGUACGCCUACGGCGAGCAAGCCUGCAACGGUGGAGCGCCACAAACGGCAGACCCGUCGCCGCCGCAGCCACCCCAGCCGCCGCCACCUCCGCCUCCGGGCUGGCAGCAGCUGCCGCCUGACCAGAACGCCCUGUACGGACAGGGCGAGCUACAAUACCACCAGCCGCAGAUGCAGCCCCUCUUCCACGACGGCGCCAUGCAAGCUGCUGGCAGCGCGGCGGCGGGUAAUUCCGCGGUCGGUGGCGCGGCAGGCGAGGAGCCUACCACCCCGCGACACGCCGGCAUCCGGGCGCCGCAGGUUGCAGUGAUGGGCGGCGGCGGCAUGGCGGCGGCCCUGGCGGCUACCAUCAGCGGCAACGCGGCGGUAAGCAGCUUCGACAACCGGUUGGGGCUGCCACGCGACCUGCGCGUGAGCAUUAAUGGCAACUACAGCUUCGGUGACCUGCACGAGCUGGUGACGCCGGGCUCGCACGGGCUGCUGGACAGCGGGCUCGUAUCGCCCAACACUGAGCUGUUCAACAUCCUCAACACCGGCAACGGCGCGGAGGACACGCUGGGCAUGGGCCCCAUGCUGGACCUGCUGGGCCCGGGUGAGUCCAUGUAUGACGACACAGCCAACACCAGCCAGGCCUUGCUGCCCGGCCCCAGCGGAGCCGGCACUGCAGGGCCCAGUGUGCCGCCCACUCUGCCGCUGCCGCCGCAGCAGUAGUAGAGGUGGCUGCAAUUGAGGGCGGCAGCUUUGCCAUGAAUGCCUCAGGGCCGCGACGUGGGCAGGUCGUGCUUACAUCUUGGGAUUUGGCUGAAGGGCAGAGGCAAAGAUGUGUCCGAAAGUGAUCAGGGACAUUUGGUUUCCAUACAGCCCGUUUUGCGCUUAUGAUCGCAACGGGCAGGUGGCACGGUAUUCGUGCCAAGGAUGCAUGCGCACGGUAUGCGCAAUGACGGGUCGCGCACGAUUCACAGCAGAGAACUACUCGUGUUGCAGGUUUGAGUUGCAGGAGGCCCUCCUCCGUGCAAGUAGUAGUCGAUGUGAUGUGAGUAGGACAACUGUCGACAGUCCUGCGUUGCGUGAGGAUGUCGGAUGGCUUUCAGGCACUUAACGGAUUGCCAAGACUUUAUCACCUUUAUUAUCCUAUUUUCAAGGUGGCAAGACUUGGUUUGGUGGCGGUGGUGGCUGUGAUUUACCAGCACGGGAAGCUACGGUACCUGUGCGGUCUGGCGUGAUUAAACGAGGAUGACAUGACUAACGGAAUUCAAUCAUCUAUACACGGGCACUAUUUGUGGUCCGCUAGUCCGCUAUGCGUUGCCACAGCGACCAUGCCAGCAUGGCGCCGUGGAGCAAUCUAGAGUACGUGUGGUAAAAUUUCGUGACGUGUCCGGGUGGCGGUGCACGGAAGGGAGCAGGAAGUCCUGACUAUAGACCACUAAAACGCUCCCUGCGGAAACAGAGUGGUAGUGAUAUUUAUGUCAUCUGCGGAUGCGCACCAAUGUCCUUGCGCCAGUGGGCUGUACGAGUGACUUGGUAGUAGUGACUGGGGCGCUUCUUCAAGGGUUUUAACAAAUCAAUCUGUGGGUUCGGGUGUGAUGCCGAACGCACAACUAUACGCAUCUGUGUAAUCGGUUCCAUUG